AUGCCUCGAUCGACGCGCAAGCAAACUCACCAACAUGUCGUCCCCACCGAGUCUCCAAUUCCCUCGACAUUCACAGAUUCUCUCCCGCUGCCCAGCCUCAUAGUAUUCGACCUCGACUACACGCUCUGGCCUUUCUGGGUAGACACCCACGUCUCCAGCCCCGUCAAACCGGCCGUGCCCACCACGUCCCAAUCCAAAGACAACACCUCGGGCGUCCCGCAGAUCAACACCAAAAUGCUAGACCGAUGGGGCGAGUCAUUCACUUUCUACCCGCAGGUCCCCGCGAUAUUGGCGUCCGCGCGGGAGAAGGGCAUCGUCAUGAGUCUGGCCAGUCGGACGCACGCGCCCGCGUUGGCCGCCGAGAUGCUACGUGGUCUGCAAGUGCCUUUCCCUGGCACUACGACGACGAUGACGACGACGGGCGACGGUGAUGCAAAGGACGGUCCCCGCAAGGCUCUCAAGGCCUGGAGUUUCUUUACCCACCCGCAGAUCUACCCAGGCACGAAGACGACUCACUUCCGCAAGAUCCAGCAGCAACUCGCCAAACCGUCACGGUCGGACCAGAAUCCUCUGCAAGGGCGGACAGUGCCCUUUGAGGAUAUGCUCUUCUUCGACGACGAGGGACGGAAUCGCAAUGUGGAGACCGACCUGGGCGUCACGUUCUGGCUCGUCCCGGACGGGGUCGACUGUGAUGAAGUCGACAGAGGUGUUUGGGAGUGGAGGCGGCGGAGGGGGAUCACGCCCAAGGACUUGCCUGGGCGAGACGGCGAGCAACACAAUGUAGCCGAGUUGGAAGGAUAG